AUGACUCAAGCUAUAUUCUUCCGAGCUAUGCUCUACAUGGCGCUCCUCGCCACCGGCGUAUCGGGCACCUCGCCGUCGCCGCCGGCGGCGGCCCCGCGGCGCAACUGCCCCGACAAGUGUGGGAACGUAACAGUUCCCUACCCGUUCGGCAUCGGCACCGGCUGUUCGCUGCCCAACUUCCGCCUCGAUUGCAAGGAGGGGGUACUGCUCAGGGGCAACAUCAGAGUCGACAACAUAACGUUGGAACCGGCGCAGAUCGUCGCCUACCUCAUAUUAACAUACAAGUGCGUCGCGCCGGCCGGUGCCAAACCACGGACACAGGACAUGAACUUCAACUUGACCGGUGGCCCGUUCCUUAUCUCCCAGGAGGAGAACGUUUUCACGGCCAUCGGCUGCAGUUUGGUGGCCAGGCUCAGGGGCCGAACCACCGACUCCACCGACUCCACCGACCACUACCUCACGGGCUGCAUCACGACUUGCACCAGCGUCAACCUGAACGACACCACCAAAGAUGGUGCUCCGUGCAGUGGCCAGGGCUGCUGCCAAACCUCUAUAGCUGCCGGCCUCACCCAUGUAUCAUCACGCUGGAACCAGGAUGAGAAGGCCAACAACACUGUGCCGAACAACAUAUGCCAAUAUGCAUUCGUUGCCCAGAAAGGCUGGUACAAUUUUAAUAAAACAGACCUUGUCGGUAGCAAUUUUGCCAAAAAAUGUGGCGAGGGCAUGGUUGUCCCGCUUGUUCUUGACUGGGCUAUUAGGAACGGAAAUUGUCCGUCGCCACCAGACGAUGGCAACAACUAUGGAGCCUGCAUUAGUGCCCACAGCCGCUGCGUUAAUGCCAGCAAUGGCCCAGGAUAUUUUUGUCGAUGCAAUGAUGGAUAUGACGGUACUCCCUACGAAGAAAACGGCUGCACAAAUAUUAAUGAAUGUAAGCUAUCAAAUUAUUCUUGUCGUGGAGGGACAUGUCAUGACAAAGAAGGUGGUUAUGAGUGUAAAUGCAAUUUUGGUCGAAGAGGUGAUGGUAAAAGUGACCAUGGUUGUGAACGCAUAUUAUCAUCAGCGGCAGUGGCAGUGAUAGUUUGUCCUCUUCUGCUUGCACAAAAUGGCAUUAACUCACAUGCUACAUAUUUGUUCACAGGAACCACCGGUGCCAUCUCCAUAUCAACAGUACUAAUAAUAUUCAUACUCAUGCAUCAUGAGAAGAGAAGGCUUAGGGAUCGUUUCAAAAGAAACGGUGGUCAAUUACUCGAAAGCAUGAAGAUCGAGAUUUUCAGGAAGGAGGAGCUAGACAAAAUAACCAAGAAUUAUAGAACUAUCAUUGGAAGAGGUGCCUUUGGUGAGGUCUACAAGGGAACUACCAGUGAGCACGUGCAAGUCGCAGUCAAACGCUCCAUCGCAAUGAACAAGGAUCGCCAGAAUGACUUCGCGAAUGAGAUUCAAAUCCAAGCACAAAUAAGUCACAAGUAUGUGGUCCAACUCUUGGGAUGUUGCCUAGAGACAGAAGUUCCUAUGUUAGUUUAUGAGUUCGUCCCGAGGGGGAGCCUCUACGAUGUACUCCACGGCAAGAACAACAAUGGACGAAAAGAACCUCUCUCAUUGCAAGCACGCCUCGACAUCGCCAUAUCCUCUGCGGAUGCCCUCGCCUACAUGCAUUCGCAGGCGAGCCAGAAGAUCCUGCAUGGAGACGUGAAGUCCGGCAACAUUCUCCUCGACGAUGAGUUUCUGCCCAAGGUGUCGGACUUUGGGACUUCGAGACUCAUGUCCAUCGAAAAGGAUCACACCGACUGGGUAAUCGGGGAUAGCAGCUACAUAGAUCCCGUAUACAUGAAGACCGGGCUUCUCACGGAGAAGAGCGACGUGUACAGCUUCGGCAUCGUGUUAUUGGAGCUCAUCACCCGGAAGAAGGCUAGGUAUGACGGGAACAGAAGCCUUCCGCUGAACUAUGUCAAGGCUUCCGCGGACGGGUCUACUGUGCAGAUGUAUGAUACAGAGAUUUUGUCUAGUGGGGAGGACAUGAAGUGCCUCGGCGAGGUUGGCCUGAUCGCCAUGCAUUGUCUCGAAGCUGAUGUGAAUGACAGACCAACAAUGACUCACGUCGCGGAGAAAAUCAAAAGGUGCAAGAGCCGGUGGUUGCAAAGCCAUUGGCAUGGGAAGACCAACGAGAUCUAUGCCUAG